AUGCAUCGUUGUUGUUCCGGAGCUCUACAAAUUGGCUGGAAGCUCUGUCGACAAGCACUCAAAAAGUUUAGAAAUGAUGAUGAGGAAAUUUCCGAUUCAGACGAGCGUGCCGCAUUCACUCAGUCCGUUGAUCGCAUUCCGGAAUCGGUUGAUGAUGAAUCAUCAUCUGCUGUACGGCUUUCGCGUCGAUCUUCCCUCCUCGUCGACUUGAUUUCACUUUUUCAACGAUCUUCUUCCAACAUUGUCAAACCGAUUCGCUUUCCUGGACAAUUAUCUGAAAUACAAGAUGAAAAUGAAGCGGAAGAAGAAGAUCCAAAACAGAUGUCGAAAGGAUGGGUAUUGGAAACGAUACGACAAAAAAAGGAAGCAAUUGUCCGUUUGCGAAGUCAACCAUGGAGUAUGAAGCGGAAAAGACGUACCUUAAAAGUAGCUCGGCGAUAUUUGAAACGUCAACAAUCGAAAGUAUCGCGAUGGCAUCUGUACAAAGUAGAAGCAGUCAGGCAGUGGACAGCAUUCGGACGAUGGUGCAGUAAUAUGAAGAUAUAUUUGAUACCGUGGGAAGCAAAAAUUAAAACAAUUGAGAGUCACUAUGGUUCCGUAGUCUCAUCUUAUUUUACAUUCUUACGGUGGAUUCUUAGCGUGAAUAUUACUAUGACUAUUAUAAUGAUGUUAUUCGUUACCAUUCCAGAGUGGUUGGCAGAUUCUCGAGGUGAUCCAGAACGAUUCAAUCGAACUUAUCAUAUCAAAGUUAUGAAAGAGAAAGAUAUACCACGAGCGGAUGAAUUAAAUACCAUUCUUGAUUUUAAAGGUUAUUUUGAGUAUUCAUUGUUAUUUUAUGGUUACUAUAGCAGUGAAACUUAUUUUGGUGAUACGGUUCAAUACAGCGUGCCCGUUGCAUAUUUUAUUGUAAAUUUAUUCAUUCUCGGUUAUAGUUUCUUUAUCAUCUUGCAAAAGAUGGCGUCAAAUGCUCGACAAAGUAAGCUUGCCGGUGGAAAAGCGGAGCAGUAUGUAUUCAAUUGGAAAUUAUUUGCUGGCUGGGAUUAUUCUAUUGGAAAUGCGGAAACUGCUGCCAAUUUUGUGAUGGCUAAUGUCAACAAAUUUCGAGAAAUAAUUGCUGAAUACAAUGUGAAUCGUACAAAAAAGUUCGACUUUUUCCAAUUUACUCUUCGUGUGUUGGCGAAUAUAUUAAUUUUUACGAUGCAAGCUGGAUCAGUAUGGGCUAUUCUUGCUGUUAGCCAAAUAACAACAAAAACAAGUUUCAUACAGCGAAACGCAGUGUCAAUAACGGUCUCAUUUAUCACUUUAACAUUUCCAAAUUUUUUCGAUCUCAUCAGUAAAAUGGAACGAUAUCAUCCACGAACUGCUCUUCGACUACAGUUAGGAAGGGUUUUAUUCCUCUAUAUAUUGAAUUAUUAUACUCUUAUUAUUUCAUUAAUGUUCAUGCUGAAUACAAUGGAAAGCCAACGAAACGUUGGUGAGCGUCUUAUUCCAGUUGAGCAAUAUUCCGAUCAUCAUCAAAAUAAGGCACCGACUUACAACACUUCCUACAAUCAAAUUAUUAAACAACGGUCUGGCCGUCAAGUGGUAUUUGAUUUCCCAUCCAUAGCAUCAUUAAUUUUCAAUCGUAGUAAAUUUAGUGACAUUCCAACAACGCCACCUUCUGGUAAAUCAUGGACAACUGUUUUUCCAAAUUUUGGUCCGCUUGGUAUUACGAAUCCGAAAGCUGUUGUGACUGAAAAUCGGCGCAGUGCAAUGAACGCAAGUACGUUUGUCGCAUAUCCGAUAGGUAAUACCGAUUGGACGAAAAAUAUUUCUGCUAAACCGACAUUUCUGAAUUAUUCUACUACCGUGCAAGCAGUUUUAUCGGCAGCCCGUCUGUCCACGGAUUGGUAUGAAGAAUGCUGGGAAAAUCUCAUCGGAGAGGAAAUAACAAAAUUGGUGACGACCGAUUUGGUGAUGACAAUUGGAUCUAUCCUGGUGAUCGAUUUUUUUCGAGCUCUUUGGGUUCGAUACACUAAUAUUUGGUGGUUUUGGAAUUUAGAAACGACUUUUCCGGAAUACGGUGAAUUCAAAGUUGCUGAAAAUGUGCUACAUUUGGUAAACAAUCAAGGGAUGAUAUGGCUAGGACUAUUUUUCGUCCCCAUGCUACCGGCUAUUAAUAACAUCAAAUUAAUUAUUCUGAUGUAUAUUAGAGGUUGGGCUGUAAUGACUUGUAAUGUACCAGCCCGGCAAAUAUUCCGUGCGUCCAGAUCAAGUAAUUUUUAUUUGAUGCUCUUAUUGCUUAUGCUAUUUCUUUGUACUCUUCCGGUAGGUUACGUAAUCGCUUCGAAGAAACCAUCCAAAAUAUGCGGUCCAUUUGGGAGUCAAGAACGUUUCUAUAGUGUAAUUGUGCAAUUACUUGAUCGUAAUUUAACGAAAGGUCUUGUUGAUGCAAUCAGAUAUAUGAUAUCACCGGGUAUUGUUAUUCCAGUUUUAUUACUUCUUCUUCUAACUAUAUAUUUCCUCUUUGCUCUAGUACGUGGUCUACGUGAAGCAAAUACGGACCUCACCAAACAGUUAUUGCAUGAAAGAACAGAGGAAAAAAAGAGAAUUUUUGAAUUGGCUGGUGGAAAGAAACGCAUAACUUCUAACAAUACUGAAGUUCCACGUCCUUUUCCACAUAACAAUAAAUCGAGUGAUAUUACAAGCGCAGCGAAUAAAAUAAAUAAUAUUACGGAUGAUGAAAUUUUACCGGAUAAGUCGUAUAAACGAAGCUUUAUUCCCUCAUUGAAAAGUGUCAGUGAAGCGGAAAAUUCGGAAUCAGAUGAAGAGGAACCGGAACAGAAGCUAACACAACAGCAAGAAGAUAAAAAUUUUGAAAUAGUUGAAGUAAAACGUGGUUGGAAACAGAAAAUCACAACUUGGCUUGGUUUAAAUAAAAAACCAAAUAGAUCAAGGAAAUCUCGACUAAGAUAUGAUCACAAUGAUAUUGAAGCAGGAAAUGAAUCACUUAUAUCCGGCAAAAAAUCUCCCACAAAAUCAGCGACAUCAGAUGAUCAGCGUUCGAUGGCAUCGAUUACCGAAUCAUGCUUACAUAGCAGUCCAUCGUCGGAAAAAUUAAUUGAAGAAGAUGAGAAUGAAAUAGAAAUUGAUCAAAGCAUUUUGCUUACUACAAAAAAAUCAUUAUGUCAUUCUUUUGAUGAUUCAUUCCAUAAAUCAUCAAAAGAAAUUGAUAGGAAAUAUGGUUCUUCCGAUUUGUCAGAUCCGCGUUUCUCUUACGCUGACCCAUAUAGCAGUUACGCAAAUGCGAUGAUGUCGCCUUUAAUGGAAAUGCAGACAUUAUCAUCGGCAAUAUAUUCUGAAAACGAUAUGGAUGCGGAAGAUGAGUUUGAUGAAGGCACUGAAGCAAUGCAAGAUCUGGAAGACCAUAAUAG